ACCCUCUCCCUCUACUCCUCCCUUCCGCGCUUAUUCCUUUCCCCAACUCUCUCCUUCUUUCCUGUAAGCUGCCUGUAGAUCUCCGAUUCCCCUGUUCUCGUCUUUAUUACCUGCUUCUUCAUCGCUCAGCAGUUGGGUUUAGGGCAUUCAUCGAGUAGGAAUGCUAAAAGUUUCCAUACUCGAUCUGAUUUUGGUUACUUUAUGGUAGCCGGUGGUGUUGGUUGUUCUGGGUCGGUGAUUGAGUUUCUGGUUCAGGUUUUGGGAUUGCAGGUAGGGAAGUGUAUGAGGGAUUUGAUUCGGGUAAUUUUAUUAUGUUCCGUGGAGGAUUCGGGAAGGAGCAUAAGGAGGGAUUGUGGGUUUGUGAUCCGGAGCAGGGGUAGAUGGGGAAAAUGCGGUUGAGUCUUCUUUUAGUCAAUUAAGAAUCGAAGUUUUCUGUUUUGGUGCUGAACUUGAUUUCAGAUUUUGUGUUCACUGUUCUCGACGAAGUUGGGUUUGAGAGUUUAGGGAAAUGCAGACCAAUCACCGUAAGAAGGAUUCUGCAGAGUUGGACUUUUUCUCUGAAUAUGGCGACGCUAACAGAUUCAAAAUUCAGGAAGUUGUUGGGAAGGGGAGUUAUGGAGUGGUUUGUUCAGCUGUCGACACUCUCACUAAUGAAAAAGUGGCAAUAAAGAAGAUAAAUGAUAUUUUUGAACACCUAUCGGAUGCUGCUCGUAUUCUUCGUGAGAUAAAGCUGCUCAGACUUCUACGUCAUCCUGAUAUUGUUGAAAUCAAACACAUUAUGCUACCGCCUUCUCGUAGGGGGUUCAAAGAUAUCUUUGUUGUGUUUGAGUUGAUGGAAUCAGAUUUGCAUCAAGUCAUCAAGGCUAAUGAUGAUUUAACAACAAAGCACUAUCAAUUUUUCCUUUAUCAGCUACUCCGUGCACUAAAAUAUAUUCACGCAGCAAAUGUCUACCAUCGGGAUUUAAAACCAAAGAAUAUAUUGGCAAAUGCAAAUUGCAAACUCAAAAUAUGUGAUUUUGGAUUGGCUAGAGUUGCUUUCAGUGACACCCCGACAACAAUAUUUUGGACGGACUAUGUUGCUACCAGAUGGUAUAGAGCUCCAGAGCUAUGUGGUUCUUUCUUCUCUAAGUAUACUCCUGCCAUUGACAUUUGGAGUAUUGGCUGCAUAUUUGCUGAAGUACUAACUGGAAAACCAAUUUUUCCCGGUAAAAAUGUUGUUCAUCAGCUUGAUUUGAUGACAGAUCUCCUUGGAACGCCUUCAUUAGAUACCAUUUCUCGGGUAAGAAAUGAGAAGGCUAGAAGGUACUUAGCUAGUAUGAGGAAGAAGCAGCCCAUUCCGUUUUCACAGAAGUUCCCAAAUGCGGAUCCUCUAGCCCUGCAAUUACUACAACGAUUGCUUGCGUUUGAUCCAAAGGAUCGACCUACUGCGGAAGAGGCAUUGGCAGAUCCUUACUUUAAAGGGCUGGCAAAAGUUGAGAGGGAACCUUCUUGCCAGCCAAUCUCGAAGGUGGAGUUUGAAUUUGAGAGGAGAAAGGUCACAAAGGACGACAUUCGCGAGCUGAUAUUCCGGGAGAUACUAGAAUACCAUCCUCAACUGCUGAAAGACUACUUAAAUGGAACUGAGAGAGCAAAUUUUCUUUAUCCAAGUGCACUCGAUCAGUUCAAAAAACAAUUUGCUCAUCUUGAAGAUAAUGGAGGGAAAAGUGGACCAGCUUAUCCUCUAGAAAGAAAGCAUGCAUCUCUUCCUAGGUCUUCAGUUCAGUCGAACACCAUUCCUCCUAAAGCAACAUCGAAUAUUGCUUCUUUUAAAGACCGAUAUGUGCCACCAGGGUCGUACAGCAACCGGCAUUACAGAGAUCCAGCUGCACAGAGGAUUGCUGCAACUCAAGGUGAGCCUGGAAGAAUAUCAGGCCCGGUCAUGCCAUAUGAUAGUGGAAGUAUCGCCAAGGAUGCCUAUGAUCCAAGAAGGUUAAUUAGAAGUGCCCUCCCUUCUCAUGCUAUCCAUCCAACAUAUUAUUACCAGCAGUCUUGCGGCAAAAGUGAAGAAUCAUCAACAACAGGGGCUGAGAAAGACACUUCCUUGCAAUGCAAACAAGCCCCUCAAUGUGGAAUGGCAGCCAAAUUAACAUCCGACACAGCAGCUACUGGUGCUUUCUCAAAUCCUUUUUUUAUGGCACGUAUAGGAUUGCACAAGGCAGGAAACAAUGAUCGUGCUGCACGUGUGCAGGUAAACGCUCAAUAUGAUACUGGAGCCGUUCCAGCUGCAACUGCCACCACCCAUAGAAACACUGGCAUGGUCGAGUAUGGUAUGACAAGAAUGUAUUAGAGAAGCAUGUGUUUUGAGGAAUCUAGUCCAUGGAGUUUUGAUAAAAACGUUUUACUUGGGUUUGCUUCGAUGUUUCGAUGACUCAAAUUUGGCUGAGUAGUUUAGAAGGAAGAGACAAGUUUGUCAUGUUUAGUUUGAAGCAACUUCUUGUAGAUAAGAUGAAUGCCAUUUUAUCCACGAAACUCGUUUGUCUCAAUGGCAGGGUCCAUGCUUCUAGUUGCCAGAGUUUUGUAGUAGAGAAGAAAAGCAUGAUAGUGUUCGUUUA